AUGGAGCGACUUAAUCGGAUGCUCCAGGCUGGCAUGGGCAUGGGUGGCGCCCCCCCGGGUGCUGAUAGCCCUAACCUAAUCGAUAACUCGGAGACUGUUCACAUCUCAUCUUUGGCGUUGCUGAAGAUGUUGAGGCACGGGCGAGCCGGUGUUCCCAUGGAAGUCAUGGGUUUAAUGUUGGGAGACUUUGUUGACGAGUAUACCGUGAGAGUCGUUGAUGUCUUUGCUAUGCCACAAAGCGGAACAGGUGUGAGUGUUGAGGCCGUGGAUCCCGUCUUCCAAACGAAGAUGAUGGACUUCUUAAAGCAAACUGGCCGACCGGAAUCAGUCGUUGGUUGGUACCAUUCGCAUCCUGGUUUUGGAUGUUGGUUGUCAUCGGUCGAUAUCAAUACUCAGCAAUCCUUCGAACAACUCACCCCUCGUGCGGUAGCUGUCGUGGUCGAUCCCAUUCAGUCUGUCAAGGGCAAGGUCGUGAUUGAUGCUUUCCGACUCAUUGCUCCACAAACAGUUGUCAUGGGGCAAGAACCCCGUCAAACCACAUCCAAUUUGGGUCACCUAAACAAGCCGUCUAUUCAAGCCCUUAUUCACGGCCUCAACCGCCAUUAUUACAGCCUUGCAAUCAAUUACAAAAAGACCGGCCUAGAGGAGAACAUGCUUAUGAACCUGCACAAACAUGUCUGGACCGAAGCGCUUCAGAUGAACGACUUCCGUGAAGACGGCAAGCGAAAUGCUGCCAGUAUGCAACGUCUUGUGGAGCUGGCUGAGGGCUACGAGAAGCGGGUCAAGGAAGAGUCUACAUUAACCAAGGAGCAACUAAAAACUCGAUAUGUGGGCAAGGUUGAUCCGAAGAAGCACAUCGAAGACGUCGGUCAGCAACUAAUCGAGGAUAACAUCGUUGCUGUAUCGAAACAGAUGAUCAACAAAGAGUCAUCAGUUGCCAGGGUCCCAAAUGCCCAGGAUACAGAAAAUGGCGGAGACAUGGACGUGGAUGAGAAGCUAUAA